CAUCAAUGGCCUCCAAUCCCAACCUACUCUCUCAGAAAAUACGACACUCAAUCUCAUCUCUCUGCAACUCCAAACCGCCAUAUGCUUCUUCUAACGCCCUACUUUCGGUGUUUCCAUUUCGUCGCUCUACUCAUCUUCCUCUAAGAGCAACCAAUUCCCGUCCAAUAUCCGCCGUUACCGGUGGCAUUAGUUUCUCUUGGGACGACAUUGAUCGAGUCUCUCAGCCGCAAUAUGCCCCGCACGAUUGUUCUGAUCUCGGAGGCUUCUUCGACAAAAUCGGGAUAUGCAACCGUGGCUCGGAAAUGCAUUCUGAGUUCUUUCCAUUUGUCAUUGAGGGCCAGAUUGUUGGUUACAUACAUCACCAUUUUGCAAAUAAUUUAAGGAGUUUUCAGGAAGUGUUUAUAUUCUCUAAAGAUAGCUCUUAUGGGGGCUGCUUUGGCAGUCAUGUGACAUUACAUCCAAUGCUCAAAUCACCUGAGGGUAAAACUGGAGCUGUAGGAGAAGUGAUCAAAUGCCUGGCUGAAAAAGAACUGAUUCCGGGUAUAAGGAACGAGCUGUACCCUGUAGUGUCAUCGUUUGGUGCACCAAUCUUUUUCUCCCUAGAACGGGCUGCUGCUCCUUAUUUUGGAAUAAAGGCUUAUGGAGUUCACAUGAAUGGCUAUGUUGAGAAGGAUGGGCAGAAAUUUCUAUGGAUAGGGAAGAGAAGUCAAGCAAAACCUACUUUUCCUGGGAUGCUUGAUCAUCUAGUUGCUGGAGGAUUGGUAUACUUCAAUUCUUUGACAUGAUGAUUCUAGCCUCAUGGGAUUGCUUGCGGGGAGAAUCUUAUGAAGGAAUGUGAAGAGGAAGCUGGAAUACCCAGAUCCAUAUCCAAUAGUGCAAUACCAGCUGGUGCUGUUUCGUAUGUGGAUAUUGAUGGUUGUAGAUACAAGAGAGAUGUGCUAUUUUGUUAUGAUUUGAAACUUCCUGAAGGCUUCAUACCCAAAAAUCAAGAUGGAGAGGUGGAGAGCUUUAGGUUGAUCCCAGUGCCAAAUGUUGCAAAUGUGGUAAAAAGGACUGAGUUUUUCAAGCCAAAUUGCUCCAUUGUCAUAAUUGAUUUCCUCUUUCGACAUGGGUAUGAUUCUUUCAAUUGGUAAUUGGUAAUUUUGUGCUCUGGAGCAGUUAGUGUUCUUCAUCUAUCCCCUAGUUUACAAACUCUUUUAUAUAUUGGUUUUGGUCAUCAAUCCUUGCAGGUACAUGAAUCCUGAAUAUUUAGGAUAUUUGGAUCUUCUACGAAGUUUGAAGAGUGGAGAUUGCUCAUGAAUUUGCAUUUUCUUUCUAGUAUGUCCUUGAUCCUUCCUGUUUUUGUUUUGGGAGGAAAAAAUAAUAAUAAGCCUGCUAAUUUUUUCCAGAAUCAAAAUUUUAUUAUCCAAAUAAUAAAUAAUUGGAUUAUACAGUUAAGAGGCUGUAAUGGAUUAAGUUAUAAGAUGAUGUACUAUUGAUCAUGAAAGGCGAGAGUAAUAACUUGAACAAAGAACUAGUAACUCGUUCAAUGUCAACGGCAGUCUCUCAGGAGCUUGGGCAUGAAGACUUGAUUUCGAGUUGUUGAUCAUGUAAGGGAAGAGUAGAGAAUAGGAAAUUUCUUUAUCUUGCCAAUAAAACAUUGGUAGUGGU